CUUUACCAAAUUUAAAAAUCAAACUUUCCUCUACAGCCCUCUAAACGGAAAAUGGCCAACCGCACCAUAACCAGCAAAAGGAAGUGGGCAGUUGAUUUAUCAGGUCGCAGAGGAGAACGGGGCAGUGACAACCUCCCUGCACCACCAGGAUUUAUGAGCUCCGUCAACCAGGUCCAUGCAGAAGCAAACAGACAAGGCGACCCCAAUCUGGUCAUAAAGAAGGCAUGGGACAUAGCUCUUAGCCCUCUCAAAUCGGUCCCAAUGAACCUCUUCCUCAUGUUCAUGGCUGGGAGCAGCAUCAGUAUUUUCCCCAUCAUGAUGGUGGGCAUGAUGCUGCUAAGACCUAUCAAAGCACUUUGGGCCACCAACACCACUUUCAAAUCCAUAGAGGGAACUCAUGCAGCACUGCAGAAACUGAUUUAUCUUUUGGGGAACUUCGUAAAUGUUGGCUUGGCGCUUUAUAAAUGCCAUAGUAUGGGUAUACUUCCCACUCAUGCCUCAGACUGGCUAGCAUUCCAGGAACCGGCCAUCCAGAUGGAGUUUUCAUAUGGGGGUAUGACACUCUAGUGCGAGCAAGUGCACAGUGGAGAGGUGUAGCCGCUGUGAAAACGAUAUCUUGUGUUUCAUCAUCUUCUGUAUCCCUUUUAUUUUCAUUAUUUUUCACAAAAAUGUUUGGGGCGUAUGUAUUUGAUCCCACCCCCCCUGUUGCAUAUGCUGUAAUCAGAGCGACUCUUGAGCCCUCCGAGACAAGACAGAGAUAUCCAAGUGCGUGGUAUGUGAGACUUUAUUUUUUAUUAAUAUUAUUUGUUUUUUCUAAUGCAGUUUUUUAAGGAACUUGAGAUUUUUAUUCUUUUCUCUUUUGUCAUUGAGGAUCUCAUUCUUAUCUGAUGUAUGGUUAAUCUUUAUUAUGAAAAAGUAAAAAAAAUAUAUAGAUAAUAAUUUCAAAUAAUGCAUAAGAUUAGCAUUAUCACAUGUAUUUUAUUCCAUACCUCAUUAAUGUCACUGUUUGUGAACCAAAAUGCAAUUUCCACUUAAGUCUUGACUAACAUAUGAUUUACAGAAGAGUAUUUAUGUAUAUACACACCACAAAUUUAUUUAUGUGAACAUUUUGAUGUUAAGAGAAAAGGAAGGAAAGUAAACAAAAAAAAAAUGUCUGUCGUAUAUGUAUACUUUUUCCAAUAAAUAAAAACAGAAAGUA